AAGAAAAUAAAGACACAACUGAAGAAGAUUGAAAGAGAGGGAAUUACUCAUUUCUCCAUUUCCACAAAAUCCAAAACCAAAAGAAAUCCUUUCUUCGUUCUUCGUUCUUCGUUCUUCGUUCUUCGUUCUACCAUUUUCUUUCUCUUCGUAAAAUCUCCACCAAAAUCUUCACAAACCCCAUAUCCCCUUAAUACCCAUUUCCCUUUUUCGUUUUCCUCUUCUUGUUCUAGGGUUUCAAUUCCACGCUCAACCCCAUGAACAUCUCAUUUCCUCAUCCAUAACACAAGAUGUACUCACCCAAUAAAAGCCCCUUAGCUUCUCCGACCAGCUCCCGUUCUGUUACAGAGACUAUUAAUGGCUCCCAUAACUUCGUGAUCAAGGGUUAUUCCCUCGCUAAGGGGAUCGGUGUGGGAAAGCAUAUUGCCAGCGAGAAUUUUUCCGUCGGAGGUUAUCAGUGGGCGAUAUACUUUUAUCCUGAUGGCAAGAAUCCUGAGGAUAAUUCGGCUUAUGUGUCAGUGUUUAUUGCCUUGGCUAGCGAUGGCACUGAUGUUCGCGCCUUGUUUGAGCUCACUUUGGUGGACCAGAGUGGUGAUGGAAAACAUAAGGUGCAUAGUCAUUUUGAUCGCUCGCUUGAGAGUGGACCUUACACGCUUAAGUACAGAGGUAGCAUGUGGGGUUACAAGCGCUUCUUCCGAAGGACUUCACUUGAAACCUCAGUUUUCCUCAAGGAUGAUUGCUUGAAAAUAAAUUGCACUGUUGGUGUUGUUGUGUCCGGAAUAGACAGUUCAAGACUACAUUCCAUCCAUGUCCCUGAAUCAGAUAUUGGAGCUCAUUUUGGUACAUUGCUGGAAAAUGAGGAGGGUUCAGAUAUCACUUUCAAUGUGUCUGGGGAAAAGUUUCGUGCUCACAAGUUAGUACUGGCUGCUCGCUCUCCUGUUUUUGAGAAUGAUUUUGUGAAUAUGAUGGAAGAGGAUAAUGAUGAAAUUCUUAUAACAGAAAUGGAACCUCGGGUUUUUAAGGCUUUGCUGCAUUUCAUUUAUAGGGAUACUCUUCCAGAAGAUGAUGAGUUCUUGGAAGCAAGCUCGUCUUCAGUUCCGUCCUUGCCUGAUUCAUUACCUGCGAAGCUGUUAGCUGCUGCUGAUAAAUAUGAUUUGCCCAGACUAAGAUUGAUGUGUGAAUCUGUACUCUGCAAGGACAUAUCUGUGAACUCUGUAUCCCACAUUCUGGCCCUUGCUGAUCUCUAUCACGCUGCUGAUUUGAAGUCUGUUUGCCUAAAAUUUACCGCCGAAAAUCUUGUUGGAUUGCGCCAGUGUGCCCGGCCGCUUUUUCUUCCUCACAUCUUACAAUUGGUCGAAGAAACUCGUGAUUGUUGCCGUAAUGCAAUCUGAUGGGUUUGAGUUUCUCAAAGAAAACUGCCCAUUGCUGCAGUCAGAGCUUUUGAAGACAGUUGCCGGGUGUGAGGACGAGGAGCUUAGUGGAGGAGGCAAGAGUCGUAGCGUAUGGGCUCAGUUCUCUGACGGUGGGGACACAAAUGACAGGAGUGUGAGGCAACAGACAUGGGAAAAUGGAGAAAGGAGUCGAAGCCUGUGGGUGCAACAUUCCGAUGGUGGUGAUGCAUGCAUACGGAGUCCAAGGAGAGAAGGCUAGCUAACACACAUAAUUGGUAACUUACUAUUGUGGUCUGUAUAAUAACAUUUAUGACAUGAACUUCAGAACUACUGAGUAAAAGCGAAGAUUUGUAGUACUAGAGAAUGUAAAGGGAAAACAUUGCAAGUUGUUUAUCAGAUCUAUUGUAUGUGGAAUCAGAAAAUUGGCAUUUGUGCUUUGACUAAAUUGGUUUGGAAGAUGUCAUAAUCUUUGUAAUGGAAUGUUGCUUGACUGAAUAAAGCUUUACUUGUUUAGAACUGAA